CGCCGUGGGUGAGGGCGCCUGGAGCGCUUGGGAAGGGGCGUGACGAGAAGGGGCGGGGCUACGGCGGUGGGCGUGCCCCGCCGUCCAGGCCCCGCCUCCUCACGCGGGCGGAGGCUCCGGGCAAGCAGCGCGCGCGGCCGGGCCCUCUGCGGAGGCGCGCCUCCUCCUCAGCGGGGCCUCCUGGGUGGUCGAGGCGUACUCUAGCACGGUCGCGCGUGGGGUCGCGCGUGCUGCCGCGGACACUGUGGCGAGGGACGCGGGGCGCCGAGGCUCUGCCUGGUGCAGGCGGGGAGUCGCCGCCGGGGUCUCCGUGCUCCCCACCUCCCCGGCGUGGCGCCUCGCGCGGGGUCCUGGGCCGAGGCGCGUGCGCCCGGGGUCCGAGGUGCUGGGGGGCUCGGGGCGGACCCGCACCGUUCCCGGGGGGCCUUGUCCGAUGUGUGGACGUCGCAGCCCGGCCUCCCGGGAACUGCGGGCUCCGAGCAAGCUUCGGGCUGAAGUGAGUCUGUCCCCGCGGCUGCGCGCUGAGGAGAGGAGGGGGCUCGGGGAGCGGGCCCGGGUCUCUCCCGGAAGACCCCCGCCCCCGCCGCACAGCGGGACCUGAGGCCCCUCGGAGGUCGGGGAAGAGCCCCGGGCCUGAGGUUGCCCCCUCGCUGGCGGGCCCGGGGGUGGCCGGCUGCGGAGCUCUGCCCCUUCGUCUGUCUCGGGACAGCAGGCCCGGCCCUCGGCGCUCGCUCCCUUCCUAGCGCUGUGCAGGACGUGGGCCGCCCAGUGCCCCCCGCCUGCCCGCUGGACGGAGGCUGCGGCGGCCCGAGUGGCUAUCAGCUCUGUUUUUACGCAGUUUCCAUAAGGAGCCCGCGCCUUUAGGCUGCCUGAGAGCCUGUUGCAGGGUCGCCGCUGGCAGUUGUUAGGAGACUCAGCAGGUGCGGGGCCAGGGCCAGCCCGGCCUCUCAUUCUGUGCCUCUUUCCUUCUCCUCCAGAAUUGCUCUUCUCAGCGAAAUCGUCUGGAGGGCGGCCCAGCGGUCAGCGGGGCCCCAAGGGACAGAGCCGGCCACCUGCCGCUUGUCUGCUUUUCACGUUCUGUACUUUUAGGGGGACAUCAGAGAAUGAACGAGUCCCGGGAGUGUAUUGCCCAGGGAUCCGUGUCCUUCAAGGACGUGACCGUGAACUUCACCCAGGAGGAGUGGCUGCAACUGGAUGGUGCUCAGAGGACCCUGUACCGCGAUGUGAUGCUGGAGAACUACAGCCACCUGGUCGCCGUGGGAUGCUGCAUCACCAAACCAGAUGUGAUCUUCAAGUUAGAGCAAGGAGAAGAGCCAUGGACGUUAGAUGCAGGAUUUGCAGGCUGGGCUUAUUCAAAAGUCCAGAAGUUAAAUGACCUGAUAAAGAGAAGCCAGGAAAACCUAGAUAAACAUUUGUGGUGUGCUUCACUCAACGCCUCGCUGGCUGAGAGAGAGAAUGGUUUGGGGAAAACACUUAAUCUGGACACAAACCCAGUUUCUUCAAGAAAAACACCUUGUCAGUAUGACUCAUCUGGAAUGAAUUUGAAAUACAUUUCAGGAUCAAGUAUUAACAAUAAGAAUUAUUCAAGUAAGAACUCUGAUGAAAUUAGUGAAUGUGGGGUGGUGUUGCCUCUUGAUUAUCAAGAAAAGACUCAUCACAGGAAGAAGCCUGAUGAAUAUUGUCAAAAUGGGAAAUCUCUAUGUCAUAAUAGGGAACUUACUAAGCAACAGGGAGUUCAAGGUUUGGAACCAUCUUUGGAAGAUAAUGAAAGUGCAGAAGCCUUCCCUGAGGAGGUGGCCAAAGCCACUAGUAGGAUGAUUCAAGGAGAGGAGACAUCCUGUGGUUGUAAGAAACCUGCGGAGAAUGCCUGUGAGAGGUCGACUCCCAAAGUCCAGCAGGAUUCUCACACAAGGAAGAAUCUCUCUGAAGUUAAUGAAUGGGAGAAUUCAAACCUCCUUAGACAUCAGAAAGUCAACAUGGGGGAGAAAACCCAUGAAUCUAAUGAAAAUGAGAAUGUUGUCAAGGAGUCAGACCUCACUCAGCCUCUUAGGACUGAUACAAGAGAAAAAGCCUUUGAAUGUAGUCAUUGUGAAAAAUCUUUUUGCCAGAAGUCUCUUCUCACUCAGCAUCAGAGGACACACACAAGAGAGAAGCUGUGUGAAAGUGAUAAAUGUGAGAAAACCUCUCAGGAAUCACAAAUGAGUGAUUCUCAGAGAAAUCCACUAGGAAAAAAACCCAGAGGACAUAAGGAAUGUGUUAAAGCCCCUGUGAAGACAGUCCUCAUGGAUCACCAAAGAACACAGUCAGGAAAGAAGCAUCACAUAUGUGAUGAGUGUGAGAAACAUUUCCGUCAUAGCUCAGCCCUACGAGUCCACCAAAGAAUUCACACAGGAGAGAAACCCUAUCAGUGUAAUGAGUGUGGAAAAUCUUUCUAUGCACAAUCAAACUUCAAUCACCAUCAGAGAACUCACACAGGGGAGAAACCUUAUGAAUGUAAAGAAUGUGGGAAAUCCUUCUGUGUGAAAUCAAACCUAACUAAACACCAAAAAACACACACAGGGGAAAAACCUUUCAAAUGUAAUGAGUGUGGGAAAACUUUCUUCCAGAGGUCACAGUUUGCUGACCAUCAGAGAACACACACAGGGGAGAAACCUUAUGAAUGUAAGGAGUGUGGAAAAUCCUUCUACUACAAGUCAGCCCUAAAUGUGCAUCAGGGGAAGCAUAAAGAAGAGAAACCCCAUAAAUGCACCGAGUGUGGGAAAUCCUUUUGCUAUAAAUCAGCCCUAAUUAUACAUCAGGUAACUCACACAGGGAAAAAACCAUAUGACUGUAAUGAAUGUGGGAAAUCUUUGUGUGUGAAGUUGAAUCUCACUAAACAUCAGAAAAUUCACACAGGGGAAAAACCCUAUGAAUGUAGUGAGUGUGGCAAGUCGUUCUCUAUGAAAUCAGACCUUGUUGUGCAUCAGAGGACUCACACAGGGGAGAAACCCUAUGGAUGCAAUGAAUGCGAGAAGUCUUUCUAUAAGAAGUCAGCCCUCACCAAACAUCAGAGGACUCACACAGGAGAGAAGCCACAUGAAUGUAAUGAGUGUGGGAAGUCCUUCCAUAUGAAAUCAACUCUAGUUAUACAUCAGAGAACUCACACUGGAGAGAAACCCUUUAAAUGUAAUGAAUGUGAGAAGUCAUUCUAUGUGAAAUCACUUCUCAAUAUUCAUCAAAGAAAUCACACUGGAAAGAAACCCCAUGUUUGUAAUGAGUGUGGAAAAGCUUUUUCUAUGAAAUCAAACCUCACUGAUCAUCAGAGAACACAUUCAAAAGAGAAACCCUAUGAAUGUUUUGAAUGUCAUAAAACCUUUCGUCAUAAAUCAACCCUAACUGUACAUCAGAGAACUCACACAGGUGAGAAGCCCUAUAAAUGUAAUGAGUGUGGGAAAUCCUUCUAUAUGAAGUCAGCCCUCAGUCAGCAUCAAAGAAUACACACAGGGGAGAAACCCUAUGGAUGUAAAGAAUGUGGGAAGGCCUUCUUCCAGAAAUCUCACCUCACCAAACAUCAGCGAACACAUACAGGUGAGAAGCCCUAUGAAUGUAAAGAAUGCAAGAAAACCUUCUUCCAAAAGUCUCACCUCAUUGAACAUCAGAGAACACACACUGGGGAGAAACCCCAUGAAUGCACGAAGUGUGGGAAAUCCUUCUGCUACAGGUCAGCCUUAACCAUACACCAGAGAACUCACACAGAAGAAAAGCCUUAUAAGUGUAAUGAAUGUGACAAAUCCUUCUGUAUGAAGUCACACCUCACUGUGCAUCAGAGAACUCACACAGGGAAAAACCCCUUUGGGUGUAGUGAAUGUGGAAAGACGUUUUAUGUGAAGUCAAAUCUCAUCAGUCAUCAGAGGACUCACACAGGAGAGAAGCCAUAUGAUUGUAAUAGGUGUGGGAAGUCCUUUUGUAAGAAGUCAGCCCUCAAAUCACAUCAGUGGACACACACAGGGGAGAAACCCCAUGAAUGUACUGAAUGCUGGAAAACUUUCUCCACAAAGUCAGCUCUCUCUAGUCAUCAGAUAAUUCAUACACGAGUAAUACCAUAAAUCGUUACAGAUGGGGAUAGUCUGGUGUCAAGUCAAAUUUUGUCAUACCACAGAGAAGUCACAGGAGAUACUUUAUGAAUGUAAUUGUGUGAGAACCAUUUUGGUGUAAAUUGGCAUCAGAAAAAUGCAAGUUGUUGGAAUUAGAGGACUCAGGAUGCAAAUAUCAGAAUUCAUGUGGGGAGAGGGCCCUGAGAAAAUCCUGCUACAUUUUUUUGAAGGAUUUAUUUAUUUAUUUGAAAGAGUUACACAGGAGAGGCAGAGAGAGAGAGAGGUCUUCCAUCCGAUGGUACACUCCCCAAUUGGCCACAUUGGCUGGAGCUGCGCCGAUCAGGAGCUAGGAGCUUCUUCUGGGUCUCCCAUGUGGGUACAGGGGCCCAAGGAUUUGGGUCAUCUUCUGUUUUCCCAGGCCAUAACAGAGAGCCAGAGUGGAAGUAGAGCAGACGGGACUCGAACCGGCGCCUAUAUGGGAUGCCAACGCUUCAGGGCGUUAACUCGCUGUACCUCAGUGCUGGCCCCCAUCCUGCUACAUUUGAUAGUAUCCACCAUCAAAUAAGAUUCAUUUAUCAGAAAAAUCAUGGGGGAAAGGCAGUAUUAAAGCAUUUAUAAGGGGACAGGUUACUGUACACCACGUAAUUGAUAUAAAUGUUUGAUAUAAAUAAUUGAUAUAAGUGUUUAUAUGCUUGAAAGCUUUCUUGAAAAAAAUCUUACAUAAGCAAAGAAUCAGGAGAUAUAUAAUACUAGAGCUUGUGUUUCAGAUGUGGUACCAAACUUUGACAAUACGACUCAAGAUGAACCUUUUGAAAAGCAAGUUGCAGCAGGAAGCUGACAGGCACUUGAAGAGCACCUGAAGUAAGCUGGGGUUCUGUGUGUUAGGAGGCAACUCACGUAUGUUGUGUAGGUUUGAUUUGUAUAAUGGAACUCAGCAUAGUUUGCAGGACUUAUAUCUCCAUAGCUUAAUAACUUAUGGCAUAUUUUUCCACACUAAAUGCCACCAGUGUUUCUUUUUAUUUUUUAAAAAUAUUUAUUUGAAAGGCAGAGUUGCAGAGAGGCAGGUGGAGAGAGAGAGAUCUUCCAUCCGCUGGUUUACUUCCCAAAUGGCUUCAAUUGCCUGAUCUGGGCCAGUCCGAAGCCAGAAGCCUCUUAAAGGUGUCCCAUGUGGCUAGAGGAUCCCAAGGACUUGGACCAUCUUCUGCUGCUUUCCCAGGCCAUAGCAGAGCUGAAUCGGAAGUGGAGCAGCCAGGUCUCGAACCAUUACCCAUAUGGGAUGCCGGCACUGCAGGCAACGGCUUUACCCACUAUGCCACAGCUCUGGCCCCUCUUUGUAUCUUAAUAGUACAAUAUACAUAGGUGAUGUGUUUGUUUGACAAACUUGACGUACUGUGCCAGAAUACAGUGUUUAAUGAGAGAAACAGAGUAUAUAGUGUGUUACAUUUUGUGUAAGAAUUUAGGGAACUAAGUUUAUAUUUUGCAUACUUAUGCAAAUAAGAGUAAACUACAAAGUACAACCUAGAAUUAUAAAAUACAUACCAGAAAGUGAAAAUCUGUGGAGACGGGAACAUACUUGGUGAUCUGACUAGGAAUGGAAGCAAAGCAGCCUUGAAUACUUUUUAGGAAGUUUUGACUUUGAAUUAUUUUACAUAUUAAAAGAAAAGCAGGUUUUUUUUUUAACUGGAUAUUUUUUAUUCACACUAAUGAAAUAUUCAGUGGAAUAAGGCAAGUAAAAAAUUUACCAUCUUACAUAUCAUUUUAGUUUUUUCUCAAUAUUAUCAUUGUGUAGUCCUUUCACAUUUUCAGGAACAUUCCUAUCCCACUGCUUUGUUACUGUAUCUUACAAAAACAAAGAAACAUAAGGCUUUUUAACUUAUUCAAAAACACCAAAAUGUAGUCUUAAACAUGACAAACAGCAAUAAGUUGUGAUCCAUGACAUUAAGAAACUUAGAUUGUGAAUCAAUAUAAGUUCUCAAUUAAAAGGGGUAACAUUUGAAAAAUAACAGAAGAAAUAUAACUUCAAGUUAUUUACGUAACACAGGAAAAAACAGACCAUAUAUAUAUAUAUAUAUAUAUAUAUUUUGCCUCCUCCCUUCACUAGUUUGCACCACUUAGAGAUUUGAUUACCCUCUUCAAACAAAAUGAAAAAUCUACCUCAGUCUAUUUAGAUGUGGGAGGAUCUGGGGUACUUCACUUGAGAACUUACCCUCGAGCUGGCAACAAC